AUGGCCAUGUUUAUCAAUGGCAAUACGACAGAUUUGUUUCUGGCGCAAACAGAUUUCGUGACUGAAAUCGUGACCGAUGUAACGGAUACUGAUGAGAGACGAGGUCUCUACGCUCUAUUCUUACCCUUGCUGUUGGUGACUUCGAUCAUCACCACCAACGGCCUCAGCCUGGCCGCGUUCGCCGUCGAGAAGCGGCUUCGAGGCUACAACAACUACUUCAUCAUCAACCUCACCAUUUCUGACUUUCUUUUCGGGUUCGUCCUGAUCAUCACGUCCAUGCACACCUACCUCGGCCGCUUUCCACUCCAGAGUAACAACUGGUGUAGGGUCUUCUACGGUGUCUUCAGCAGUGUUCAGUUUGUGUCCAAUCUGGUCAUUGUCAUCAUCUGCCUCGACCGACAUCGCGCAACGUACGACCCCAUCGGGCAUUUCACUAGUCGUAGCAAGCGCAAGGCGCUGUACGUGAACAUCGGCGUGUGGGUAGCUUCGGUUCUUUUCUGGUUCGCCUUCUCGACGAUUCCCGACUUCCUCCUGCGGUUCAACAACUCGCCUGUGUGCUUCGCCUGGCAUUUCGUGAACCCGUUCGCCCAGAUUCUGCCAGUCUUCAUCCGGUUCAUCAUCCCGUUCACCGUCAUGUUUUUUCUCUACGUGCGUAUCUUCAUCAAGAUUCGAGAGGCGACCGGUAGUAAGCACAUCGACAAGGAGUUCGAUGGCGACAGCAAACAGUCGGGGCACAGCGAAUCGGAGGAUGAUGGCGAUAGGAAGAAACAUCGCUCUCAAGCUAUCGCAGAGUCUGUGAGUAUUCAGCCACGCCUCACCUUUUUAUAA